UGCUGGGCCAUCAAAGGUUCACUGUUUUCCUGGUGCCCGGGACGUUGAGUCUCGUCUACACUCCAACUUGUCAGACUACGGUAACGUGAGUACAAUCAUUACCCAUAUUGGCUCCAGUGACACCAGGCUAAGGCAGUCAGUGCUGUUAGUAGAGCACUACCAAUCUCUCCUCUCUGUGCUUCAGGGCACUGGGAAGAAAAUUGUUAUCUCUGGGCCCCUGCUCGUUUACAAGUGAGGCUGCGAGCGCUUUCAUAUUUAUCAUAUUGUAUUCAUAUUUAUUCACUUUCAUACUGUAUCUUAGCUUUUCAUAUUCCAUAUUCUAUAUUUAUAUUAUACAUAUGUACAUACACCUUACUGCACUUUACUGCUUCUUUUGCACUUAUGGUUAGAUGCUAACUGCGUUUCGUUGUCUCAGUACGUGUGCUCUGCAAUGACAAAGUUGAAUCUAAUUUAGUCGCAUGUAAACGGUCUAUCUAUGUGGAGUAGGAAAAGUUUUUUUUUUUUUUUUUUUUUUUUUCUCUACUCCACAUAGAUCCCAAACCCUUGACUAUAAAAACGACUCAUUGAAAUCGGUUGAGAAAUGUAAACGUUAUAGUGCUUUUUAUCCAGAAAAAACGCAGCUCCCUGUGAUGUUGCAGUCUGCUGGAUUCCGCUCCUGGUUUUCUUUUUUCAUCUCAUUCCCAGGAGUGUGUAGGUGGGCGGAGCCAUAGACAUGAGAACCAUGGAGAGCUGACACCAAUUCCCUGAUUGAACACACCUGGAGGCUCUGCUGGAGGUCUAUUUAUGAAGAGCCUGUACUCCUUUAUUUCCCAUCUCUUUCCCUCCCGAAUGGGCGAUGGAAUAUACACAGCCGCACUGCCCACAGCUUCCACACAGGAAGUGUGUCAGUGUGACGAAAUGUUUCCAGUUAAUGAGGAUUUGCUUGUGAACCUGGGGGGGAUGGGUGCACUUGUAUAUGAGGAGAAAGGUGUAUGCCAAUAAGUGCACUUCUACCUGAGGAGAGAAGAUCUACAUCUCUUACAUGUCUUAUCUCUUAACACCACAUACCUCUGCUGCCACAUGAUUUUUUCGUAACGGCGAAAGACCCCCCAACCCCCCUGGGUAGUGGGGUUAGGACUUCAUCUGCUGGUGCAGAAGGUGCCGUUCAGAUUAGCCAGCCCGUAGCGGCAGCUAUAGGCAUUUAGACAGACAUUGCUAACGCUUUACAGGGUACAGGGUACGUACGGAAGUAACAUUAAUAAGCGGAAGCAGCAGCUUUAGUUCCUCGUUCAGAAGCCCAUUACAGUUCCACACUGCAGAAUGGAACCUCUGAUCAUCAUCGUUCUGGCUUUCUCUGCGAUCUCAGUUUCCAGAGCUGAGGAGUCUUUGUCUCUGUUUGUGCAUGAGGGAGGUUCUGUUCAUCUGGAUGUGCAGGGAUAUGAAGGACUCCAGUUUAGCACCCUGUCCUGGUAUUUUAAUAUCUCCACAACCAUACUAGAAUACAUUAUCGGGUUUAAACUGACAUUUUAUAAUAAUUAUAAUAUCAGCACCGAAUUUGAUCAAAAGAACUUCACUCUGCUGCUGAAGAACAUGCAGGAGAGAGACAGUGGGAUCUACACAGCAAAGAUAACUGAAGAAGGACAGCUGAAAGAUCUUGCUUCCUACAGCAUCACAGUUCAAGAGGCCCCGCCCACACCCGAGGUGGGAGUGGCAUUACUCUCCUCUGCUGGAGGGUUCUGUAACGUGUCAGUGAACUGCUCUGCUAAAGACACCUGGGCCAGCUACACCUGUGACCACGCUCACUGCACACAGGUAGCAAAUACAACCUUGUCAACAGAAGUCUACAUCAUCGUCACGGCAACUAACGGGACCAUCCACUGCAACAGCAGUAACCGGGUCGACACAAAGACACGAUCAGAAUCCACAAAGGACAUCUGUAAGUCUGCCUGUCUGUACAUGAAACCUGCAGGUCUGUCUGUGCUCUUCUCUUUCCUUGUGUUCACAUGGAAAACAUUCAAAAUACUAAACUAACACAAUUCAUCUUCACAGGUUCAAACCACAGA